AUGUCGUCCACCGCUGUUCAAGUCUCUCGCAAGAUCGUCAAGUCGAUCCUCUCGCGCGAAACCCCCGAAGGCGCCGGAGCGAUCGUCCGUCGUUCGAUCGGCACCCCUCAACUGCGCAACUUCACCCCUUUCCUCAUGUUGGACCACUUCAACGUCGGCGAAGGUGGCUUCCCCGACCACCCGCAUCGCGGCAUGAGCACCAUCACCUACAUGUUGGAAGGCUCGUUCAAGCACGAGGACUUUAUGGGUCACGCCGGUACGAUCAAUGCUGGUGAUCUUCAAUUCAUGACCGCUGGCAAGGGUAUUCUUCACGCCGAGAUGCCCGUACGGGGACCUGGACUCCCCAACCCAAAAGGUCUUCAGCUCUGGGUCGACUUGCCCCAGGCGAAGCGCAUGACCGAGGCGUCGUACCAGGAGCUCAAGUCGUCAGAAAUCCCUUCUGCCCACCCCACAUCGAACACGACGAUCAAGGUCAUCUCCGGUACCGCUCUUGGCAACGAAUCCGAGGGUUCCGUCACCUCGCCUAUCAAACCACCUGGAGGAUGCUGGAUCUUUGACGUCACUUUCAAAGCCAAGGGCGAGCAAGUUUUCCAAGCGAUUCCGGCGGGAUGGAACGCGUUUGCCUACACGCUCGAGGGGCAGACCUUGAUCGGUGGCGACAGCAGCCUGACCAAGCCAACCGAUCCUUUCUACACCGUCGUCCUUUCUUCGGCCGAGGGCGAGCGAGGCGUUCGACUCGAAUCGGUGUCGGAAGGGUCGAGGUUGGUGAAAGGCGCGCGGCACCCUAACGCGUGAUCCAAAAGUAAAGCAAUUUGAAUUGAUGUAAUUCAAAUACCGGGUGCCACAUUAGGUGCGUAAGGCACAGCUGCCUUACAGUUGGUCCUCAUCGCCGGAGAGCCUUUGGAUCAGGAGAUUAUACAAUACGGUCCUUUUGUCAUGGUGAGUCUCGCUUUUCCAUCUUAAUCAAAUCGACCACAUGCGGUCGACUGGUCAUGUCCUGCUUGCUCAAGCGAAUGCAAUGACUGAUAAUUUUUCGUCCUUUCUCGUUUCCGCGCCAUGCAAGGAUACUGAGCAAGGCAUCCGACAAGCCUUCCAGGACUUCCAGAUGGGUGUCAAUGGAUUUGAGAAGGCUCGUGGAUGGCAGAGUGAGAUUGGGAAGCCUUCACGAGGAGCCUAA